AACGGGAGCAAGAUGUGCAUUGAUUUUGCCCCUUUAAGGAUCCCCUUACGCCGUCGCUUACAGACGCUUGUAGUCCUGCAGUGGGUGUUUUCAUUCCUUUGUCUGGCACAAUGCUGCGCUGUGCUCUUUGUCACCCUCUUCUUUACUCGCUUCUGGUUUGUGUCCGUACUGUACGCCACGUGGUGGUUCUGGGACCGGAACACGCCUUACCAGGGAGGUCGUCGCUUCACUUACCUCCGCAGCCUGAGACUAUGGGGCUACUUUCGUGACUACUUUCCUAUUCAUCUGGUCAAGACGGCAGACCUGGAUCCAAAGAAGAAUUACAUCUUCGGUUUCCAUCCGCACGGUGUGCUGGUGGCGGGAGCCUUCGGUAACUUUUGCACAGAGCUGACUGGGUUCCAGACCAUGUUCCCUGGGCUGAAGCCCCACAUGCUGAUGCUGUCCCUUUGGUUCAGAGUCCCCUUCUUCAGGGACUACAUCAUGACUGGCGGUUUGGUACCAUCUGAUAAGGAGAGUGCCAAGUAUUUAUUGAGGAGAAAGGAGGGUGGUAAUGUGGCGAUUAUAGCCAUUGGAGGAGCCCCAGAAGCCUUAGACGCCAGGCCAGGUGCAUUCACACUUCAGCUAAAGGAGAGGAAGGGCUUUAUCAAACUUGCUCUGCAGUUUGGGGCCCCUCUUGUUCCUGUGUUCUCAUUCGGGGAGAAUGAAGUGUUUGACCAGGUGAAGAACCCCAAGGGAUCAUUUCUAAGGAGAGUCCAGGAACGACUACAGAAGCUGAUGGGGGUAUCACUCCCUCUUUUCCAUGCCCGAGGUGUUUUCCAGUACAGCUUUGGACUUAUCCCAUAUCGGAAACCCAUCUAUACUGUAGUUGGCAGACCGAUAGAGGUGGAGAGAAGGGAAAAUCCAACGCAAAAGGACAUUGAUGCAUUACAUCAGAAAUACAUCGAGGAACUCUCCAAACUCUUCGAGGAGCAUAAGACACACUAUAAGGUGUCUGAGGACAAACACCUAACAUUUACCUAA